UUAAAGGUUUCCAUAUUCAAAUUUCAUCUGUGCUUUGAGGUGGCUGCUCACUUUCCCCUAGCUACCUGCCCAUGCAGAGAUAGCCCCACCUCCCUAACAUCAAAGGUUCAAUUAAUAUAAAGACUAGGAAAAUGAGCAGAAAGCUUUCAACUCUCAAUCACUAAAAUGGGAAGCCAAGAAGUACACAGCCAGGCAAAGGUGACUAUCCCAGAAAACAUGGUCCACGUGAGGGACUACAAAUGGACCCAUUUCCUCCCCUUUUUGGUGGUUUCCCUGAUGUACCCGGCCAAUGCUGAGUAUUCAAACUGUGGAGAGAAUGAGUAUUAUAACCAGACCACAGGGAUGUGCCAUGACUGCCCCCAGUGUGAGCCUGGAGAAGAACCAUACAUGACCUGUGGCUAUGGCACCAAAGAUGAUGACUAUGGCUGUGUCCCCUGCCCUUCAGAGAAGUUUUCCAAAGGAGGUUACCAGAUUUGCAGACGCCACAGGGACUGUGAAGGCUUCUUUCGAGCCACUGUCUUGACUCCAGGUGACAUGGAGAACGAUGCAGAAUGUGGACCGUGUCUCCCUGGUUACUACAUGCUGGAAAACAGACCAAGGAAUAUCUACGGAAUGGUUUGCUACUCCUGCUUACUCGCACCCCCAAACACCAAAGAAUGUGUGGGAGCCACCUCUGGAGUUUCCGCCAGUCUCCCAGGUACCUCUGGCACCAGCACCAGCUCUCCUUUCCAGCAUGCCCAUAAAGCAGAUCUCUCAGGACAAGGGCAUCUGGCCACUGCUCUGAUCAUUGCCAUGUCCACCAUCUUCAUUAUGGCUAUCGCCAUCGUCCUCAUCAUCAUGUUUUACAUCAUGAAGACAAAGCCUUCUGCCCAAGCCUGCUGCACCAGCCACUCCGGGAAAACUGUAGAGGCCCAAGUCAGCAAACAAGAAGAGAAGAAAGAAGUUCAAGAGAAUGUCGUGAUUUUUGCCGAGAAGGAUGAGUUCGAGAAGCUGACAGCAACGCCAGCAAAGACUGCCAAGAGUGAGAAUGAUGCCUCUUCUGAGAAUGAACAGCUCCUUAGCCGGAGUAUGGACAGUGAUGAAGAAGCUGCAGUUGACAAGCAAGGGUCCCCAGAGCUGUGCUUGUUAUCAUUAGUCCAUUUGACAAGGGAUAAAUCUUCCACGAACAACAAAUCAACUGGGAUUCAGAGUAGAAGAAAAAAGAUCCUUGAUGUGUAUGCCAACGUGUGCGGGGUGGCAGAAGGUCUCAGCCCCACGGAAUUACCGUUUGACUGCCUGGAAAAGACAAGCAGGAUGCUCAGCUCCACCUACAACACGGAGAAGGCCAUCGUGAAAACGUGGCGCCACCUGGCUGAGAGCUUUGGACUGAAGAGGGAUGAAAUAGGGGGUAUGACGGACGGCAUGCAGCUCUUCGACCGCAUCAGCACCGCGGGCUACAGCAUCCCGGAGCUGCUCACCAAACUCGUCCAGAUCGAGCGGCUGGACGCUGUGGAGUCUCUGUGCGCCGACAUCUUGGAGUGGGCGCAGGUCAUGCCGCCCACACCUCAGCCGCCCGUCACGACCUGAUGAGCCUCCUCCGGAAACUGCCUCCCUCUGUUCCGGCCGGGAUGUGGCUGCACUUCCUUCCGCUGGGAACACUCCAGCGGUGACUGAGGCGGGAAUCCCGGAACCAGCCGCCGUGCCUCCUCCCGCGCUUUUCGCGCGUCCCUGGGUCUUCUCUUGGGCUGCUCUGAGGAGCCGGGGGAAGCACGACGCGUCUCUGAAAAGCAGCCAAAGACCAAGCCAGUGACGUGUCCGCUGGGGACCGCCUAGCCCAACACUGUACCUCAGGAGGCUGAAUGAACAAGCACUCAUUCAUCACCAUUAUUUAGCACCUACUAUUUUUUUUGGUAGCACCGUGCUGGGCACUCUGGGAAGAUGGAAAGAUGUAUAAAACAGGUGUCUGCUCCCCGGGAGCUUACGAUCUAGUUGGGGACAUGAAAUACCCAUCGUGGCAACACCGAGUGGGUUCAGGUAUUUGUUUGGUGGCGUUGAGAGAAGAAAGAGAGGAUUUUCUCCCUGGGGUAUAAUCAAGGAAGACUUCAUAGCAGAGGUGCUAUUUAUGGGAAGUUUUGACAGAUGGUCCUGCUAAGCACAUGCUUCUCUCUAUGCAUCUUUCCAUUUCCGAGUGUCCGUUCAGAUUGGUCUAUUUAUAUCCUAUCUGGCUUUGCAGGGAAAUGGUUUAAUUACCCUUGAGUUUGUGCAAAUUCCCUGGCCUCUCUCCAAUCCAUAAUUUAGCAGCUCCCCCUGUGACAUACUCUAUGAUGCAGAUCCACAAAGCCAGCGUUGUGGGUACAAGGGGUCACUACUCUGGUUGCUUCCCCGAAUUAUCAGAGAGUAUUUUAUUGCAGACUAAUCACUUUGUGUUUUCAUAAAUAGUCCAACUCAAAAUGAUGGCUUACCAAUGAAGGCACAAAGACCAUCUAUAGUUCAUGGAGGGACUUUACAUGAGGAGGCCUUCAUCCUCCAGGGUACCAUUUCUGCAGAACCAAUCGUGAAAGGGCAAUGACUGAAACUCAUUGGAAGGGAGCCAGUCCAAGCACGGUAUCAGCCUAGGUCCUAGCUUUAGCUUACGCUCCCCUUACCCAGGGAGGCAGUUACUUCACUUCUCUGGGCCUCAGGUUCCCCCUCCGUGGCAGGGCUGUGCUCGCUGAUUUAUGAGAUCUCUUCCAGCUCUGGAAUUCCAUGAUUCUAUCAUCAACCAAGUGGAGGCUCAGCAGAGUUCAAGAAGGUAGAGAUUUAGGAAAACAAGAGUGUUGGAAAAGCGGCACAUGGAAACCAUAUGGAUCUGAAAUGCAAAAUAGGGACCGAGGCCAUAAAGACCUUUUGAAGUUUUCCACGGCAACUGUCUGCCAUAACAUUUAGAGAUAAAGUUAGCAAAGUGACAUUGUUCUUGGCAGGGUGGUGUUCCCAAACCUAUAAUUGCAAAGAGAGCGGCAGCCAGCCCCAGUUAUCACCCCAGUGGGUUAAUUUACAGUUCAUUGCUGAGAUGCUGUAAUGACAGGUUUCACCAGAGCUAUUCCUAAAUUAAAACAAAUUCCGUCGCUUACAAAGUGAUAUUUUUUAAAUUGCAAGUUGCAUGACUGAGCAAAUGCUUGGGGGGGUGGGGGGGCAGAAGGGAAGAAGAGGGGAAUCAGUUGUCUGCUUGAAGCUCACAACUAAUUUUCCACUGUUGAAAAAAGUAGAACUUACUGUGAUAGGAUCAUAAUUAGGUCCUGAAUAUUUAAUAUCAUCAUUUACAGUCUCUGUUUGCUGCUGUUUCCAGAACCUAUUUUGUAUAUCCUGUGAGCUACAUACUCUGAGGUGAAACUUAAUUAUCCUUUUAAUUCCUCUUUGAAAUCCUGCUGUGCACCCUCUUCACCUUCUUCCCCCUGCUUUGUGCUAAUGAUGAUGAAAGUCUCUUCCUUAAUUAGGUGGCAAAUACCAUACGUGAUGAACACUCUCUUUUCCAAGAGCAAUUUUGUAUUUCUUUCCUUUAAAAAUUAGCUUUGGGGGCAACUAGGUGGCUCAGUGGAUUGAGAGCCAGGUCUAGAGCACAGAGACCCUGAGUUCAAAUCUAGCCUCAGACACUUCCGUUUGUGUGUGUGUGACCCUGGAAAAGUCACUUAACCCUCAUUGCCUCGCCCUUACCACUUUUCUGCCUUGGAAUCAAUACAUAGUAUUGAUUCUCAGACAGAUAAUAAUGGUUUUUUUAAAAAAUUAGUUGCAAUAGAGAAGAGAAAACUGCCAUUUCUGACUUAGAACAUUUGGUCACGUCCAGUGUUCGUAUUCUGCAAUCAUAGAUUAAGGCUGAGUCUUGCCAUCUACCAUCUUGUGGCCACAGGCCAUUGACUCAUACAAAGGCAGAAACACUUUAAAUGAGGAAUACAGAUGGACCUUUAUGGAUAUUCUGGCUUUCAGAAUCAGUGGCCCUACUAUGAUGAUCAUGCCUUUGACUACCCCUGUCCAUUUCCAGAGAGACGGCCAUAAUUUUAUUAUGCUAAAACACAUAGAAGAGGAAGCACGGUGUGGUGGACAGAGAGUGGAUGAAGUAGGAUCUAGCUUUAAGCCUUGCCUCUGACACACACAAGCUGUGUAAACAGGGGCAAAUCCUCCAACCUCUCAGUAAUCUCACCCAACCCUUUAAGGCUACACAUUAUAGACUAGUCAUCAAUCAGCACUGAUGGAAGGUGUUUCCAUACCAGGAGCCCCCAACACUGAGGAAAUUGGAGGUUUGAACAAAAAAAAGAGAGAGAGAGAGAGAACCAAACAAGGAUAUGCCUGUUGUCGGUGAAGUCUUAAUUGCUAAUAAUUUUGUCUGACUCUGUAUUUAUAACUUAUUAUAUUGUACAAUCUAAAUACAUAAAUAAGCUAAUAAAGGGGACUUAAUAUGGUCUCUUACAUUAUGGAAAA